CUUCAUCGCCGACACUCUCAAGUUUACCCUAUUGAUUUUGACUCAAGUUUGAUCAUCUCCUCCAAAAAUUUUAAAUCUAUUUCUCUCUCUAAAAAAAAAAAAAAAACAAGGAAAGAAUUUUCAUUUUUCUCUCUCUCUUUUUUUUUUUUAUAUUUAUUUUCUCUUUGUAAGGUUAGGGUUGUGUAUAUAGGGUUUAAGGUGUGGGAGUUUGGUUUGAGUUGCGUGAUGAGGAAGUCAACUGAUUUGGAACUCAUGGAAUUAAGCAAAAUCAAUUUGCGAAGAACUUUGGAUGAGAUUCAAGAGCGCGCUUCUUCGGUUCUUUUACUGAAUCUUCAAUGGAAAGAUAUGGAAAACGUUUUAGAUUCCGCUCAGAAUUCAGUUGAAGAACGAUUCAAAGAAGUAAACUUGAGAGAAGAAGAGUUGAAAGAACGUGCUAUCAAGCUCGAAAAGGAGAUUGAAAGAAGAGAGAAAUUGGUUAAAGAUCAGUUUGAAGAGCUUAGGAUUAAAGAGGAGGAAUUAGGGAGGCAAUUUAGGGAUUUGGAGUUGGGAAAGAAAUGUUACGAAGAAAAGUUAAGAGAAAUUGAGUUAAAGAAGAAGCAAGUCGAAGUGCUUAAAUUGAAAGAAGAGGAAUUUGGGUUGAAGGAGAAGAGUUUUGAGAAGCGUUGUAGAGAUUUAGAACUGGAGAAGAUGCAUCUUGAACGGCGCCGUAAUGAUCUUGAAUUUAAUGUAAAACAAUGUGAGCAGCAGUUUAGGCAAUGUGAGCAGCAAUGUAAGGAGGUUAAGUUGAUGGAGAAAUUGGUAAAAGAUAAGUUGGAGGAAGUUGGGUUGAAAGAGAAGGAUUUGGAGAAGUGUUUGAGGGAACAUGAGUUGAAAGAGAAGAGUUUUGAGUUGGAAGGAAAGGGUCUUGAAGAACGUUGUAAAGAACUUGAAUUCAAUGAAAAGCAGUGUGUGCAGAAGUAUAAAGAGCUUGAAGUCAUGGAGAAAUUGGUGAAAGAGCAGUUGGAAGUUACUAAAAGGAAAGAGGAGGAAGUUGGUCUGAAAGAGAAGGAUUUGGAGAAAUGUUUGAGAGAGCAUGAGUUGAAAGAGGAGCAGUUUAGGUUGAUAGAGAAGAGUUUUGAGUUGGAAGGAAAGGGUCUUGAAGAACGUUGUAAAGAACUUGAAUUCAAUGAAAAGCAGUGUCUGCAGAAGUAUCAAGAGGUUGAAGUCAUGGAGAAAUUGGUGAAAGAUCAGUUGGAAGUUGCUAAAAGGAAUGAGGAGGAAUUUGGAUGGAAAAAGAGGCAUUUUGAGAAGUGUUGUAGAGAGUUUGAGUUGAAACAGGAGCAAUUUGGGUUAAAAGAGAAGAGUUUUGGGAAGCGUUGUAUGGAGUUUGAGUUGGAAGAAAAGGCUUUUGAAGAACGACGUAAAGAGCAUGAAUCUAAUGUAAAACAAUACGAGGAGGAAUACAAGAAGGCUAAAGUGACAGAGAAGUGGUUGCAAAAGCAGUUGGAGGAGGUUAAAAGGAAAGAGGAGGAAUUUGGGCUGAAAGAGAAGGAUUUUGGACAACGUUGUAGAGAUGUUGAGUUGUCAGAGAGUUGUCUUCAGAAUGGUCUUCAAGAUCUUGAAUCAAAAUCUAAGCAAUGUGAGGGGACAUUUAGAGAGCUUAAGUUAAAGGAGAAAUUGAUAAAAAAUCAGUUUGACGAGCUUAAGGAGAAAGAAGAGCAAUUUGAAUUAAAAAAGAAUCAUUUUGAGCAGUGUUCUAGAGAUUUUAAGAUGAAAGAGAGGUCUCUUGAAAAGAGUCAACAAGAUCUUCAAGCAAAACAGAAGCAUUAUGAAGAAUGCUUGAGAGAAAUCAGAUUGAAAGAGAAGCAAAUAGAAGAAUCAACUGAGCAACUGAGGAGAAAAUAUGAAUUACAGUUCAAAGAUCUUGAAUUCAAAAUUAAGCAAUACGAUCAGAGAUUCACGGAGCUGAAGCUUAAGGAGAAAUUGGCUAAAGACCAGUUUGAAGAGCUUGAAACCAAAGGGGAGCGGCUUGGGUUGAAAGAGAGGCAUUUUGAGUUGAAAGAAAAAUGUAUUGAGCAACGUUAUCAAGAGCUUGAAGCAAAAGAGAAGCAUUAUGAUAAAUGCUUGAGAGAAAUCAAAUUGAAAGAGAAGCAAAUAGAAGAAUCAUCUGAGCAACUCAGGAGAACAUAUAAAUUACAGUGCAAAGAUCUUGAAUUCAAAGUUAAGCAAUAUGAUCAGAGAUUCACGGAGCUGAAGCUUAAGGAGGAAUCGGUUAAAGAUCAAUUUGAAGAGCUUGAAACCAAAGGGCAGCGGCUUGAGUUGAAAGAGAGGCAUUUUGAGCAGUGUUCGAAAGAUUUUAAGUUGAAAGAAAAAUGUCUUGAUCAACGUUAUCAAGAGCUUGAAGCAAAAGAGAAGAACUAUGAUGAAUGUUUGAGAAAAGUCAAACUAAGAGAAAGGGAGAUUGAAGAAUUAUCUGCAGAACAUAGGAGAAAGUAUGAGCAACAGUCCAAAGAUCUUGAGUUCAAUGUUAAAAAGUGUGAGCAGCGGUUCAUAGAUCUUGAAUUGAAGGAGAAGAAACUUGAAGAAUGGUCUAAAGAACUUGAAACGAGGAGGAGGCUUACUUCUGCUCUGCAUCCUCAAGUGGAAACCGAACCAGCAGAUAGUUUCCCGGUUAAAUUUUCCAUAGAUCAUUCUUCACCAGCGCAUCUUCAGUUUUGCGUAAAUAUGGAUGGAAAGGAUUUGCAGAUGUUCCUAAAUGAGCGCUGGAAAGAGCAUGGUUCAAUAGGUACUGAAGUUGCUAUGGCUCUUAAACUUUCAUCAGACCCUGCAAAGCUUGUCUUGGAUGCAAUGGAGGGGUUUUACCCUCCACAUUUUAGUAAGGGAGACAGAGAGUUUGAAGGGGAUGCUGUCAAAAGAAGUUGCAUUCUCCUGUUACAGCAAUUGAUGAAACUUUCACCUGAAGUUAAACCUCACGUUAGAAAAGAAGCUAUGAAGCUUGCCUUUGAUUGGAUAACAAAAAUGAGGGUAGAACCUGGCCAUACAUUGGAGGUUUUGGGAUUCCUGCAGCUUUUAGCCUCUUUCAGAUUGGCAGAAGCUUUUGAUGCUGAUGAGCUUGUCAAUUUUUUGGUGUUUGUUGCUCAACAUAUUCAAACUCCUGAAUUAUUCAAGGUUCUUGGUUUGGGAGAUAAGGUCACUGGUUUCAUAAGAAAACUUGUUGAAAGGAAACAGCAUAUGGAGGCAAUUAGAUUUAUUUAUGCAUUGGAACAGGUUAACGAGUUCCCACCUGUACCUGUAUUGAAAGAUUACUUGAAUCAUUCUAAGGCUGAAGCUACAAGAAUUUUCAAAAAGGGAAAAAGAACCCCUGAAGCACAGAAGGAGGCAAACACCAAAAGAAUAGCUGAUCUGAGGGCUGUUGUCAAAUGCAUUGAAGAUCAUAAGCUUCAAUCCGUAUACCUACCUCAGAACCUUAAGAACCUUAAUAAUUUAAUUGCCUCUCUUGAAAAAGUAAAUGCAAGCAGAAGUCUUACCUCCUCAAAUGCUAAUUCUGCCCUUUGCACUGCUCGUGAGAUCCCAUCACAAAAACAGGUCAGUAUUAAGCGAUCACGAGAAUCCAUAGGCAAAGAAAUUGCUGGAGAUGCCUCUCUUGGUGCAACCACUGUUUCCUCAAUGAAAAUACCUUCUAAGCAUCUGAAAGGGUCAAAACAAGAGUACAAGAUUAAUUCUAAAUUGCCAUCCAAUUCCCUUGGAGUGCAGACGGAUGAAUCAAAUGCCAAACAGUCGCAACAGCAAGACAGUGAGAAAAAUGUGAUGCCACCACCAGUGCCUCCGCUGUUUCUUCCCCACUUUUCCCUGCCCCAGCAGCCCCUGCCAUAACAUCCCCUGCUACCAUACGCACACCUGAACCACAGGAGGAGAAUGGAAGUAAGCGCCCUCGGACACCUACAUCUCAAAUGAAUCAUAAUUUGGCCGGCUUUCCACUUACACAUUCCCGUACAAACCCCAAUCGGAAGAGUGUUGCAGAUUAUUAUUCUUGGGAUGCUCUUGCUAGACCUGGUGAUCACAGUAGGUAGUUAGCCCAGAGAAUGCAGUAGACCAACCUAGCCAAAGCCUUUUAGUGGCUCUAAUUGACGACCUUAAUUCAAUUUGUUUACCAAGUAAUUGAAAGAAAAGAUAUUUGAGUAGUAUUGCUUUUCAAUUAAAUUGAAUUCAGCUUUUUCAGCAUUUGUGAAUAUCUACACUUUUUGGAGUAAAACAUAGUAGCAGGUGUCCCAUGGAAACAAGAAUCACCUACGAAGAAUGGUGGCAUCUAGAAUUAUCUUUCAUUGUAAGGUGGAUCAGACAAAAGUAGCCAGAUCUUCAAGCAUUGCCAUGAUUCAAUGCUUGAACUUUUACAUUUGUAAACGGCAAAAUAAUAUGUUGGAACAUUCUUUUUGGUGAGACAAAUUACAUGUUACUUUGGGUCCCUAAAACACAUGGUAUCCCUGCCAAGCUUUCAUCAAUUUUUACGAUCAUUGCCUUCCUCAGCUGGUAACUACUGCUAGACUUUUCAUUUUUCUCAUUUAAGUUGAUCAUGAGUAAUUGUUUUGCCAUGCCUCAAAAUUAGUUCACAGUUCACAUGCCUAAAAGCUUUGGGGCUGGCCAUGAACUUCUCUAUCUCAUACAAGAAGCUUUGAGGCUGGGCCAGGCAAUAGUCCCUUAGAUUUUCUGAUUUCCUAACGUGUCAUUCGUGAAAUACUCCGAAGAUAAGGUUGAUGGAAAUUAUUGUCCUUGAAGAUAAGUUUUGAUUCCA